GCACACAGUUACACGAUAGCCAACCUCUGCGAUGCUAUCAGCACGCUCGCAAUGUAAUGAAAGUGUUCGUUCUUUCGUUCUCUCUCUCUUUCUCUCUCUCUCUCUGUGUGUAUCAAGCAGUUUAGUACGAAUGAAAUAUUCAUAGUUGCCGAGAGACAGUCACAGCAACAAGUUGUUGAAACGUUGAUAGUUCUUGCAUCGCGUCACCGGUUGUCGUUGCACUCUUUAUGUGCGCAAAAUAAAAUUCGUAUGCAAUUAGGUAAAAAAACUCAAAUUGUUUCAGAAAAAAACUUAAUUUGUCUAUUGUUUAUCGUCGAAAAAACGAACAAAUCGUGUGAGUGUAACAAACCAGAUGCCGAUAAAAAUCAAAUUGCUAGCACUGAUGCUGCUGGCGGCGUGCUUUGUAUACGGAAAAGUAGACAGCACAGUCGCCAACGAUGAUAAUGCUUUGGGGCAUAACGCAGCAUCAGCCGAUUCAGAGGAAGUAAUUUCGGGCGAUAAAGAUGGUGAAACCGAGAUUGAUCGCCCGAAACGACUCUAUGCCGAAAAGAUUCGAGAGUCAUUGGAUAAAAUCAAAUUGUCAUUGGAAAAGACGAUAGCGGACAAAUUGGAUUCGCCGAUUUUAGGAAGCAUUCGCAACAGCUCGCUCUUAAAAGGUAAAUCAAAGCUUCCAUCAUUGUUAGAUACAUACAAAACGACAUUUGAAUCAAGAGGAGUGAGUUUAGCUCCACCGCCGUGUCCACAUCAAACACUGCCUACACAGGAACAGAUUCCAGUGUCAGUAGGUAAUGUGGCGACAGUCUCAACUGGGCCAUUUCCGAUUGGGCCACUUUCGAUUGCGCCACUUUCAUCAUCGUCACAACCGAUCGGUGAAUCAUCACUGGGUGAUGCUCACAAACCAGUCGUUCUGCCCGACUAUUUGAUGGACAAAGACGUUGCGAAGAAGAAGAAGAAGCUCACGAAUCCCAAUCGAAUUUCCAUGCAGCAAUUGAAAGAGACAGCGGAUCUUCGCAAACAAAUUAACUACGCGGUGAAACAUGGCAUUUAUGUUCAUUCCGCGUCAGAAGUCCAAAACAUGAACCAAAAAAGUGCAGAAGUCGUACCAGAGUCGAAUGUACCACCGCAAUAUUAUCCCGCAGAGUAUUAUGAGCCAACCACACCGGCGCCUCCUCCUCCGCCACAGUUUUAUCCGCCUGCAUUUCCAUCAUUUGACAAUUUCUAUUCCAGUUUUUGGCAAGGCUUAUUCGGUGCACCGCGAAAAAUCACAAAAGAACAAACGCUUGGCAGUGCACGCAGCGAUUUUUCGUAUGUGCCCGAAGAAAAACCAAGUGUAUCGGCCGACGAGCAACUUGUCAAUCAUUUGCCAAAUGAAAAUGAGCCAUCCGAUGAUGAAAUGGACCAUGGUGCUGACACUAACGAAAAGACAAUUGAGAAAAUGAUGGCACAAGCGGCCGAACAAAUGAUGAUUCAGGGCAUUGUUUCAAACACAGUUGAAAGCUAUGCAAACAGCGAAGAGGCGCCGUUCAUCGAAGCAAAUCGCGUGCGAGAAGAGCUCAACAUCACAUCGGUCACCGAAGACAUGCGUUUUAAUAUCGGCGAAAAUGUGAUUGGCUGGCGAACACUGCAGCGAAACAAACGUGAAUCGCAUGCACUUAUCGGAGUCACAAAUACAAGCGUACUUUUGGUGUUGGAAACGAAUGGCACGUACAAACUUCAAGUCGAAAAGCAUUUGCUAUCAAGUCCAACGUUUUUCAUUACAUUCACCUAUUGGAAUGAAACGCAGCAAUCGAUCGAUGGCAUUGUCAUCGUGAGUAUUCAACAUGAGAUUGUUUUUCUUCGCGUGAAUGAGGCAAUGGAUAAGAUGGAAGUGAUUUGGAUUUGGCCAACAAAUAACAUUGCACGAUAUUUGCAUCAUUUGGUGCUUGACAAUGUGGACACUCUGUUGAUUAUAACCGAUUUGCAUGGUGGUUCGGCGGCAAGUCUGUACCGAUUUGAUAUGAAUGAAGAGGUGUUCUUCCUGCGCCAAAGUCUAUCAUUGAAAAGCCGCGCCAAGAAUAUGGCUCUCAUUCAAAAUGGGUUUGAUACAUUCAUGUGUUUCCCGCAAAAAAGCCAUGCAGUCAUCUACAAGUAUCACAAAGAUCAUUUCAGGUAUUACACGCAAAUCGAAUCGCACAAUGCCAACAUUUUGUCGGCCUUUGAAAUGGGUGGCUAUUCAUACCUGACGAUUGGAGGUAGUAAAGCGAAAAUUUUACGCUAUCAUCGCGGCACGUUUCAGGAUCAGACCAUUUUGUCAAAGAGUUGGGGAAAUGUUGAGUUCUUUAUGCCCGUACCGGCACGAACGUAUCGCGACGAUUUAAUACUUUUCGUACAGCAUCGCAUGGACUACGGUUCGCACACAAAUUCAUUUUUGGAAGCAUUGAUUUGGAAUGGACAAGCAUUUCAUCCAGCACUGCAAGUGCCAUGCUAUAUCGACGAGCAUGCAUCGGAUCUGGGAUUGGGCUGUAUGCUCGAUGAAUACCGUGAUCUGGGUAUUAUUGGUGCGACAAUGUUUCAACGCAAUCGAUCGAUCUCAAUAAUUGUGCCGCGACAUGAAGCACCGUCCGGUUUGUUUGAUUUGGAAAUUGAUCUAUUGCCCGCCGCAUCAACCUUGAACGAACACCUAUUGGAGCUACUGUCUGAAGUAAUCAUUAUGCUUGACAUACGCGAUCAAGUGUUGGUCGAAGCACGAGAACUAACUGAGAGCUUUCCAAAGGGUCCAAUGGAUGAGGUUACAAUCAGAAAUCAAGACCUUGACGUCAUUUACACACAACAACUCGAUUUAGGCACACUCAUUCCAACGCAAGGUGUUUUCUUGGGCGAUGAUCUCAUCACAAAGGAAGAUGUUGAUGCGUUUUUGAAAGUAUUGAAUGAAACUGAAACAAAUCUUCAAUUACUUGAACAAUUGAAACGGAACAAACGAGAAGAUAAAAAUGUGAUUGAGCAUCUGCAUUUGAAGUCCGUCAAUGUGAGCGAAUUGAAUGUGCGAUACAUCAAUGAUAUUCCAGCCGAAGAGUUGGUAUUUGUCACAGAUGGCAAUCUGAAAUUGGAUGGCACCGUUAUACUGAAUCAACCGAUUGAACCAGAGUUCGUUGAACGAACAUACGACGGCAUCGAUCAGCUGCUGGGACAAGAGCAACCCGAGAUGACGGUCAUUACCGGCGAUCUACACUUUGAAGAGAUCAACGGCAUCAAGUGGAAAGAUUUUAUCAAUCAAAUCGUUUUGAAGCAUCUGCCCAAUAGCAUUGAUGAUUUGGAAAUUACUGGCAGUGUAGAAGCUGGGACGGUAAAUGUAGAGAAUUUGAAUGAUAUACCUUUUCCAAGUGGCUUUAUUUCAACUAAAACCACCGAUGAAAUCAUUGUGACCAGCCAAAAGGUCUUCAAAAAUGUUCUAGUAACCAAUGCUACGGAAUGCUUUGGCAAUUUCAAUGGCGUUCAACUGUCUCAGGUAAUCUCACUCAACAGCUCGCAGUACAUUCCUGGCACGACAACAUUUCGACAUUUGGAAGUGACUGAAACAUUGGAGAUGGCUCCGAAUGCCACGAUAUCUGGUCGACGGCUUGAUGAAUUUUUGUCGAAUCCAACGUUGAAUGAAACCCGUCAAAUUCGAUCGACCGUUUAUUUCGAUACGCUUGAAAUUGAGGGACCGCUUUAUGUGCAAAAUACAAUGGACAGCGUAUUUGUGGAUGAUGUCCUUGCCGAUGUGGUAUACAAACACGAGACAGCACCUCAAAUCAAUUCAUUCAAAAGAUUCGACACCGUACAAGCACCAAAUAUUCAGCUCACAGCCAAUCUCAUCAAUGACAUUCCAUUCUCGUCAUUUGUUACGAACGACACCGAACAAACAUUCGAUGUGAGCGAAUUGCAUGGAAAUUUUUACUUCCAAAAAUUGAAAUUAGACGGGCUAUUCAAUUUCAUUAAUGUCACCGAAUUGGAUUUAAAUUCGCUGAAAUUAUUCGGUGAACAGUACACAGAUGCUGAAUUUGAGUUUGCGGACGGUGACUAUGUCAAAAUUGAUGCCAAUCAAUUGGAAGUGCUGGAGACGGUGAAUGGAAUUGAUGUGCAUGACUUCAUAAGCAUCGAUGAAGAUUUUGAAUUGACUGGCAAUGUGCACGACGUCAGCAGUUUGAAAGUGGAUGAAUUGAUAUUGGACGGAGAGAUAAAAGGCAGCCCAGAUAGUUUGGUCAAUGGUUUUCGUCUUCAAAAUUUAGUCGACACCCACUUGAGCAAAAACAAUCCGCAAAUCAUCACCGGCUCAGCCUACAUACCAAUAGCAGUGCUUCGCAACGGCAUUAAUACGAAAUUCCUCAACGGUUUCGAUUUCAAAGAUAUUGUAAACAUUUUGAAGAAUCUGAAAACCAACGAACAAAUGCUAAACGAAUCAACGGUUGUUGUCGAUCAAAUGAUUGUGAAUGGAAGUGUUUGGUUUGCCGAUAUCAAUGGCUUUGAUUUAGAGCACAUUAAAUCGAAUGCCAUUCGAUUGGACCAAACGAAUGACCUUCAUUUUCCGAUCACAUUUUUGGAUUCAAUUUAUGUGAAUGGAAACAUUAACGUAGAGCAGCUGAAUGGCGAAAAUUUCAAUGAAUUUUCAAACGAUGUGGUAUUAAAAUCGGCGGAUGUCACCAGAGUGUACGGUACGACCGUUUUCAAAGAAGAUGUUACAAUUUUGAAUAAUGCCGAAGUCACAACGAUCAAUGAAAUUCAAGUGGAUCGUAUUCUAACCAAGAAUUACAACCGUGUAAUCUUCAAUCCAAUUCGAAUUGUUGGCGAUGUCAUGAUUCCCAAUUUAAUUGUAAAAGGUCACUUGAAUGGCGUUUCUGCCGAAGAUCUCAAUUCGUAUCGGUCAAAAGGUGGGAGAUUCGUCUUGAAAAAGGAUGUGUUUUUCAAUGAAACCACCGGCAUUAAGUAUCUCAAAAUUCACGGUGGCUACGAUAACAUUGGGAAUGUGAAUGAACACUUGAAGAACAUCAUUCGAACCGAUCGACCGGCAGUGGUUGCAGGUAGAAAAACCUUCACAGACACGAUUCAUUUUGAAAAGGCCAUCGAUAUGAUCGAAUACAAUGGAGUGAAUGUACCUACAUUCCUAGCAAACGUCGUGUUGAUCGACCAAUACGAUCCAGUCGAUAUUUAUUCAGACAUUGUCUUUGCGGCACCCGUGGUUAUACCACGCAUGAAAAUCACCGGAAAUUUGGUGGCUGAAACGAUCAACCGUUGCUCAGUUGCAGACUGGGUACAAAAUACAAUCCGAACCGAUCAACCGUUUGAUUUUGACGGUGUUAUAACCUUCCCGGAUGGAACAAUUGAAGCUAGCAACAUCAACACAGAGUUUCUCAACGAAAAUCCAAUGGAUGAAGUGAUCACAUUGUAUACGGAACAGACCUUUGAUAAGCCAGUCCAUUUGAAUUAUGUGUAUUCGUCAGUGCCAAUCACAGCAGAUGGUUUGGUUUCGGGAUAUAAUUUGCCGAAAGAACGAGAAAAUACACUAAUGAUUUACGGCACUCAAUCCAUCGAUAUACCCACUGUAUUCCAAUCGGUUCGCGUGCUAAACAAUUUGGUAACCGAUGGAUUGGUUAACGGGCGUGAUUUGCGUUUGGCAGCUUCGCUACAACAAGGAAACAUUGUCAUCGACUCACCGCUGUCCUUUGGAACGGUAUCCGUCAACCAAUUGUAUACGAGCGAUUUGAUCUCAGGUAUCAAUUUUAAUAAAUGGUUCGAAAACGCACUGGUGCAAUACAAAACAACACCGCAAGUUGUAACUGCGCCAUGGACGAUAAAGAAUGCCAUUGUCGGCACAAUGAAUGUGGCACAAGGAAUAAAUGACAUGGAUGUGAAUCAAUAUUUGCAGACUUUGGAUCAAUUACACAGAAAAUAUCAAACUGAGUACACACAAAAGUGUCAAGUAGCACAGAAAUUGAUUCAAAAUACGAAGAAAAACGUCAUAUUCCUGUCACAUUUUGUCAAUGCAUUCACAAUUGAUACACAGAGCCCGAUCAACUCGGUUUAUCUGUUCAACAUUUUUGAACAAAAUUAUUUUGUCAUCAACUCUGGAUGCCAAACGUUAAUUUAUGCAUGGAACAUGUCCAGUAACAACUAUGAUCAGGUGGGCACAGCUAUCACUGGUGAUGUCGUCGAAUGGAUUCAUGUGCUUGACCACGAAAAUCAACUAUUUCUCAUUGCAAACAAUGACGGAUCCAUCGAUUCCAAUUGCCUGAUUUCGGGAGCAUUCGUUUGGCGAUUUAAUCCAAACGACAAUAGUCUUAGCCAAGAGGUGCAGUUCGGUCGCAUCGGUGAGUUCAGGUCCAUGCAAAUGAAACCAAACAGCCAUGCUCUUUUCUACGUGAUUCGUCACAGCGAUAGCCAUGUGAUUGAGUACAAUUUGAGAGGUGCAAUCGUCACAGAAUGGUUGUUGGAUAACAACGCCGCACCGCCGAUGACGUCUUCAGUUCGAUUUGUACCGGGUGACGCUCAACUUGGUUUAGCUUUAUCAGAUGGCAAUCAACUCUCCGUUUUGACUGCAUGCAAUUGUACACGACGAACAAAACGAUGCGGCUUACUCACUGAAAUCACCGGCUUAAAUUUGACCGGUGUUAGUGAACAUCGACAGCAAUUCGAAAGACAAUGGAAACAAUUAUUCAUUGACUAUUGGUCCGACAAAGCUGCCGAUAAGUUUAAGGAAGAGCAAAAGUUUAAAGGAGACAAAGUUGAACAAACAUUUAAUGCCAAAAUAUCACAAGCAACCAUCGAUUCGAUCAAAGAAAAACAAGCCCAUAAAGAUAUCACCACGAAAAUAAGCGCGGAAGAAACAGAGAACCAAAAACCAGUCGCAUCAACGCAGGAAAAAGAUAUUGAUUCCAAUUCAGAUUCAGUCGAUCACAUUUUGGGUAUGAUUUCUGAAGUGGAGAAUAUCACCAAUGCGGCCAAUAAAGCACAAGAUCCAAAUGUCGGUGACAAAUUUGGGGAUAUCAUGUUCAAGUUGACGCCAUUUGCCGAUAAAAUCAUGGAUAAGGUAAUGGACAAGUUACGUCGAAAACAAUACAAAUAUGAUGAGUAUUUGCUUGGUUCUGCACAAGAAGGAAAAGAACAAGAAGGUGAUGAUGAUGAUGACAGUGUUAUCCGUUCAAAAGUGUCUGGAUUAUUCCGAAAAAUCGGCAAAUCUUUGUUCAAGGUGUAUGCAUAUGGAAAAGAUCGCUUCCAAAGUGCAAAACAUCUGGCCAAAGAUGUGAAAUUUCUCUAUACCACCUAUUCUCGCAACUUUAUGGAAGAUAAUCAGAAUGAUAACAUAACAUAUGGGCCACCGGACGUGUAUGGAGUUGAAGAUAAAGCAAACGAACCAGCUGCAGACAUUCAUCCCGAUGAAGUCAACGUGAAAAAUUUGGAUCAAAACAAGAAAAAAUUGCACGAUCAAAUUCACUCGGUAGAGCUUCAGCGAGAAAUGGAAAUCAUCUCAAAGGUGAUCCCGAACACAAAAGAAUUUGCCCAGGCAUUCGCGGUGGAAAUGAUCAAAACGCUGAUUAACAACAACACUGAAAACGGUCAGAACGCAACCUUUUGGCCAGUCAUCAAGAAUGCCGUUAAAGGAGCAUUUCAAUUGCAUCUGAACAGCUCGCAUGGACAUGAAAGUAAGGAUGAAAAGGCUGCAAAUCUUUUGAUUUUCAAGGGACUCAUGAACAAACUGAAUGAGACGAUCGAAUAUGAACAGAAUAAAUCGAAUAUGGGCUCUGAGGUCAUGGUUGGAUCAAUAUUGGAUGAUUCGAUGUCAAGCUUGGUAUCGUUCGAUCAAAUGAUUGGCAGUCGCUUUGAUGCUUUAUACGAUAAAUUCACUCCACUCAUCAAUGAGCUGUCGGAUCGAAUUGUAACAAACCUACGAAAACAAAGCAUAGCGAAGCAAAGUGAAGGGAAACAUGCCAAAGGAAAUGUUAAAGUGAUGAAUGCGAAAAAGGCUAAGAAAAAAUCUGAAGAGAAGAUCGAAUACAUAGCCGAACAAAAUACUACAGAAGGUGUCAAAGCAUCACAAGCGAACAUUGAUUCAAUCAAAGAAAAACAGGCUGCCAAUGAUACUGCCACAAAACUGUGCGCGGAGGAAAUAGAAGCCCAAGAACCACUCACAACAACGCAUGAAAUUGAUGAUGAUUCCAAAUUAGAUCACAUUUUGGGUAUUAUUUCUGAAGCCGAGAACAUCACCAAUGCGGCCAAUGAAGCACAAGAUCCAAAUGUCGGUGACAAAUUCGGGGAUAUUAUGUUCAAAUUAACGCCGUUUGCCGAUAAAAUCAUGGAUAAAGUAUUGGACAAGAUACGUUGGAAACAGUACAACUAUGAUGAAUAUUUGCUUGGCUCCGUUCAAGGAGGAAAAAAAGAAGAUGCUAAUGACAGUGCAACCUCUUCAAAAGUGUCUGGAUUUUUCCGAAAAAUCGGCAAAUCUUUGUUCAAGGUGUAUGCAUAUGGAAAAAAACGCUUCCAAACGGAAAAAACCCCAGCAAAGGAUGUGAAAUUUCUCUACAACACCUAUUUCGAUAACUUUAUCGAAGAUAAUCAGAAUGAUAACAUAACAUAUGGGCCACCGGACGUGUAUGGACUUGCAGAUAAAGCAAACGAACCAGCUGUCAACGUGAAAAAUUUUGAUCAAAACAAGAAAAAAUUGCACGAUCAAAUUCACUCGGUAGAGCUUCAGCGAGAAAUGGAAAUCAUCUCAAAGGUGAUCCCGAACACAAAAGAAUUUUCCCAGGCAUUCGCGGUGGAAAUGAUCAAAACGCUGGUUAACAACAACACUGAAAAUAGUCAGAACGCAACCUUUUGGCCAGUCAUCAGGAAUGCCGUUAAAGCAGCAUUUGAAUUGCAUUUGAACAGCUCGCAUGGACAUGAAAGUAAGGAUGAAAAGGCUGCAAAUCUUUUGAUUUUCAAGGGACUCAUGAACAAACUGAAUGAUACGAUCGAAUAUGAACAGAAUAAAUCGAAUAUGGGCUCUGAGGUCAUGGUUGGAUCAAUAUUGGACGAUUCGAUGUCAAGCUUGGUAUCGUUCGAUCAAAUGAUUGGCAGUCGCUUUGAUGCUUUAUACGAUAAAUUCACUCCACUCAUCAAUGAGCUGUCGGAUCGAAUUGUAACAAACCUACGAAAACAAAGCAUAGCGAAGCAAAGUGAAGGGAAACAUGCCAAAGAAAAUGUUAUAGUGAUGAAUGCAACAAAAACUGAGGAAAAAUCUGAAGAGAAGAUCGAAGACAUAGCCGAAGAAAAUACUACAGAAGGUGUCAAAGCAUCACAAGCGAACAUUGAUUCAAUCAAAGAAAAACAGGCUGUCACAAAACUGAGCGCAGAGGAAAUGGAAGCCCAAGAACCACUCACAACAACGCAUGAAAUCGAUGAUGAUUCCAAAUUAGAUCACAUUUUGGGUAUUAUUUCUGAAGCCGAGAACAUCACCAAUGCGGCCAAUGAAGCACAAGAUCCAAAUGUCGGUGACAAAUUCGGGGAUAUUAUGUUCAAAUUAACGCCGUUUGCCGAUAAAAUCAUGGAUAAAGUAUUGGACAAGAUACGUUGGAAACAAUACAACUAUGAUGAAUAUUUGCUCGGCUCCGUUCAAGGAGGAAAAAAAGAAGAUGCUGAUGACAGUGCAACCUCUUCAAAAGUGUCUGGAUUUUUCCGAAAAAUCGGCAAGUCUUUGGUAAAAGUGUAUGCCUAUGGAAAAGAUCGCUUACGAAGUGCGAAAAAUAUGGCAAAUGAUGUGAAACACCUUUACAAUACCUAUUACACCCGCCUUACCGAAGAUUAUCAUUCGAUAGAGCUUCAGCGCGAAAUGGAUAUCAUCUCAGACGUGAUGCCCAACUCGAAAGAAUUUUCACAGGCAUUUGCUGUGGAAAUGAUUAAAAGGCUUCAGGACAACAACAAUGCUACUGGAACUAGUCAGAAUACAACCUUUUGGCCGGUCAUCAGAAAUGCCGUUAAAGCAGCAUUUGAACUGCAUCUGAACAUUUCGCAUGAAAAUGAAAGUGUCGAUGAAAAGGCUAAAAACCAGUUAAUUUUCAACAAAUUUAUGAGCAAAUUAAAUGAGACGAUCGAACAUGAACAGAACAAAUCGAAUGUGAGCUCAGAGGUCAUGGUUGGAUCAGUAUUGGGUGAGUCGAUGCCAAGCGAUAGCAAAGAUCAGCCAAAUGACAGUCACUUUGAUGCCUUGUUCAACAAAUUCACUCCACUCAUCGAUGAGCUGUCGAAUCGAAUUGUAACAAAGCUACAAAAACAAAGCAUAGUGAAGCAAAGUAAUGGAGAACAACCCAAAGAAAAUAUUGAAGAGUUGAAUGAGGAAAAGACUGAAAAAACACCAAACGAAAUAAUCCAAGAAAAUAUUACGGAAGGUGUUGAAGCAUCACAAGCAAGCAUCGAUUCAAUCAGAGAAAAUCAAGGCGGUAACGAUAUUCCCACGGAAAUGGGAGAGGAGGAAAUGGAAAGCAAAGAACCAUUCACAUCAACGCAUGAAAUUGAUGAUGAUUCCAGCAUAGAUUCAGUCGAUCACAUUUUGGUUAUGAUUUCUGAAGCCGAGAAUAUCACCAAUGCGGCCAAUUGCAAUGAAGCAGAAGAUCCGAAUGUCGGUGACAAAUUCGGAGACAUCAUGUUCAAGUUGACGCCGUUUGCCGAUAAAAUCAUGGAUAAAGUAUUGGACAAGAUACGUUGGAAACAGUACAACUAUGAUGAAUAUUUGCUCGGCUCCGUUCAAGGAGGAAAAAAAGAAGAUGCUGAUGACAGUGCAACCUCUUCAAAAGUGUCUGGAUUUUUCCGAAAAAUCGGCAAAUCUUUGUUCAAGGUGUAUGCAUAUGGAAAAAAACGCUUCCAAACGGCAAAAACCCUAGCAAAGGAUGUGAAAUUUCUCUACAACACCUAUUUCGAUAACUAUAUCGAAGAUAAUCAGAACGAUAACAUAACAUAUGGGCCACCGGACGUGUAUGGACUUGCAGAUAAAGCCAACGAACCAUCUGCAGAAAUUUAUCCCGAUAAAAUCAACGUGAAAAUUUUUGAUCAAAACAAGAAAAAAUUGCACGAUCAAAUUCAUUCGGUAGAGCUACAGCGAGAAAUGGAAAUCAUCUCAGAUGUGAUGCCGAACACAAAAGAAUUUGCCCAAGCAUUCGCGGUGGAAAUGAUCAAAAUGCUGGCCCAUAACAACAAUACUGAAAACGAUCAGAACGCAACCUUUUGGCCUGUCAUCAGAAAUGCCGUUAAAGCAGCAUUUGAAUUGCAUCUGAACAGCUCGCAUGGACAUGAAAGUGAGGAUGAAAAGGCUGCAAAUCUUUUGAUUUUCAAAGGAUUAAUGAACAAACUAAAUGAGACAAUUGAACAUGAACAGAAUGAAUCGAAUAUGGGCUCAGAGGCUAUGGUUGGAUCAGUAUUGGGUGAGUCGAUGUCAAGCGGUACAAAAGAUGAAAUGAUUGGCAGUCGCUUUGAUGCUUUAUUCGAUAAAUUCACUCCACUCAUCGAUGAGCUGUCGGAUCGAAUUGUAACAAAGCUACGGAAGCAAAGCAUAGUGAAGCAAAGUGAUGGAGAACAAGUGGAGGGAAAACUUGACGCGAUGAAUGAGGGAAAGACUGAGCAGUUGUCCGAAGAGAAGAUUGAAGAAUUGACGGAAGAAAGUACUACGGAAGGUGUUGAAGGAAAAACAGAGAGCCCCACGGCAUCACAGCCUGAUCAAGUCGGAACCAGUCUGCAAACGGAAAAUACAAAGGCCGAAUCUGGAUGCACCCGAAAUAUAACAAUGAAGGAAUUUGAGCAGAAAUUAAAUGAAUGGAAGCAAUUGCACGGCAACGCGGAUAUGUUCCCAUCGAUUAGUUCAUUUAGAAGUGCAAAGGAUGAUGAAGCACCUAAACCAGAGUCCGAGAAAACGAAGCAAUUCGAAACGACAGUGGUAUCGAUUCCGAACCAUUCGCUACCAUCGCAUCACAACGGAGAGAUUAUCGCUAUCCGUUUUGGGCCCAGUGCACAAUUGCUCAUCGCCGUAUCAUCCAUUACCGAACACACGAUAAAGGGCGAUCAUGAUCGAAUUCAGAUUUUCGAAGAUGUUGUCAAUGGUCGACUCUUCCAAACAAUAUCCUGCUACAAACCUCGAAGCUUACUCACGUUCAACAUAAACAUGGAAACGAUUUUGGCAUUCAUUCAAGAUGAAUCUGAAAUCAAGACAUACAUUUUCCGUGGUGCUCACGGAUUCGUUGAGUUUACGUCAUUCACAAUGCCAUCGCCCAUAAGGCAAAUGAUUCAUAAUGAAAUUGUGACACAUCCAACGCAAUUCGUGUGCCCAGAACAUUUUUUGAUUUUGGUGAUGGAAAAUAAAGUGGAAUUUAUGCGAGCCGUGACCAUUGGAGACUGUAAAAUCAAUGAGAAACUAAAUUGUUAAUUUCGAAUCGAUCUCAUAUUAGUAUUUUUUUUUACAAAAACAUUAUUUAUUCCGUUUUUUAUGUGCAAAUCUGUUAUACAUACACAAACUUUUAUACACAUUUUUCUUUUAAAUUUCGUACAUGUAAAAUAUUCCCAUGGAACGUAUAUUUUUGCGCGGCUGUAUUCAGCUCUAUUUAUGAUAAUAAAGGUGUAAUUAAAUUAA